UGCAAGUUUUAUUUGAAAUAGUCAAUCUUCCAUAUUAUAUUGAAUAAUUGAUAAAUAAUUUAUCCCUUAGAUUAAUGCUAUUUAAUAAAUCAGAGUUUUAUAUUAGCGGUACCUUGUAACUGCGAGGCUACAACCUAUGAAAACAUGGAGACCAAUUCGAAGCGCAGAAGUUCGUACAAGAGAAAAUUUAAGGCAGAUGAUAAGAGCAGAUACAAAUAUGUAAAUGGAAGUCAUACUCAAGGUCAGGGCUUUGCAGAUAUACGAAAGCGAAAAAUUCUACUUGAGUAUAAUAAAGUGAAAAGAAAGGAGAGAGCUACUAGUUCAACUUCAAAACACAUGUAUAAUGAAGAGCAGAGUUCAGAAGAUGAGAAACAGCUUCAGAAAAACAAGGGUCAUCAGUCAAAGUUUCAGCAAAAGAAAGUGUCCAGAUUUUCAAAUGCAGAAUGGAAGUACCAAAAUAAAUGUGAAGAAAAAAGAAAAAAAGCAGAAGAGGCAACGAGAAAGAAAAAAGAAAGAGAAGCAGCUCUGGAUCAUUAUAAGAAAAAGAAGAAGGAGCGCCAUUUGAAGCUGUGCAAACGCACAAAUCGAGGACAGCCUGUUCUUCACAACCAUAUACAGAUAUUGCUUGAGAAAUUGGAGAAGCAGCACAAAAGCAGCGCGCAUUUACAAUCUUAACUUCUAUAUCCUGAAGUCCUGCAGCAGAAUUUUCUCUCCCCUGCCUUCCCUCCUUCCCCCAGGUUGCAAACCACCACCAUGAAAAACAGUCAGCUUGAAAACUAUUUUUUUUCUUUUACUCAUAUCAUCAGGUUGGUCAUGAAAUGCUAAAGAACAAUGUGGAUGUAUGGUAUACCAACAUAAGUACAAUGUUGGUGUUAAAGUUUAUGUUCUUUCUAUAAAGGGGGUUUGGGGCUAAAUUUAGAUUAAUGAAAACAAAAUUUUAUAAAGGCUUAGUUUGUCAGGAACAAUAUUAUAUAAAAACAUACAAAGUUAAUCUGAUGAAAGGAUAUGUUCUUUAGCUCUUCUUGUCUGACAGAGACUGAAAGAUAAAAACCUUAGCUUUAGCAUGGGUCUCAAACUUAGGAACAACUUUUUUGGAUCAAAAGGACCAGUUAUCUAAGGGACUUGGAUUAACUUAAAAAUACAUCAAAGCAUCUUCCUUACUGUUAUAUGUUGAAUAACAUUUAGAUCAUUGUUUCAUAAUGAAUGUUACUCGAGAUAAAACAGCUUUGUUUUGUUUUUUAAAUCCAUCAAAGGCUGUCAUAGUGCACAGUCUGCACACAAAACCUAUGAAAUUCUCAAAAGCUGAUGUGUCCAUUUAGACCUUUCUUUUCAAUGCUAUUCUAUUCCGUUUAUAAUAUAAAAAGUCCUUACCUCUUGUUUAGUUUUAUUGCUGGAUAUGCCAACCUAUUUUAAGUUAGCAUCAACAGAAUGGUCACAAAAUUACACAUUUCCUUUUUUUAAACAAGGUGGAUGCACCUCAGAGGAAGAGAAAGAAAGCCUGGUUAUGUAUGGUUUAUCCAUCAGCUUCUUUGCAUGCUGGUUAGUGCAGACCAGUAGACAGUCCCCAUCAGCAUCUGACGUCUUAAUUGAAAUUACUUUAAUGCUUCUUUUAUUCAGGAGGAAACAGCUUUUCAGUGUCAUGUGAUCAAAAAAAAGACAAUUUCAUUAUACUGUUACUAAAGUUUUUCCUUUUCCUCAUGCAAUAUUGAUAUAUCUGAGAGGAAGUUAAGGCUGACAUGCCUUUGGAAUUGAAUGGCUGGCAAUGCGUUCACUUGAUUAUAUUCCUGAUUACUUGUCAAGACAAAAUGUUGAUUUUGGUGGGUGGAAGGGCGGUAAGAGCAGAUCAGCCUAAUAAACUAAUAAAGUUUUUGGUCUCAUUUGAAAUAUGAAAUAUCAAUAAAUAAAAAUGUGUAAAGUUUUAAAGGGCAUAAUUUGUAGCAGUAUUCUGUUUUGUGGUUUACAAAUCUAUGCUGUGUGAUACGAGUAGUUUAAGAUACUUAUUUCUUUGACUUCUUUCCUGAUGACUAAGAAUUAAUCUAUAAUGUAUUCUACCAUGCAGGUCAGGUAGAAGUCAUGAGUUUAAUAUCUAUAUAUGCAUAACAAGAGGAUAUCUAAAACAUGUAAUGAGCACAUGUAGGGGUUUUCCUGGCUUUGCUAGUCCACCAGUCAUUGCAUUUCAUUUUAUUCUGUUUUAGUGGGCUUAAUUAAAAGCUUGAUCAUAUAUGUAUGCCACCGUCCAUUUGUCUAGCAAGAGUAAUGUGGUUAGAUGUUAACCAGGCAGAGGUCUCUUGGUGAGCAUUGGGCUCUGCAUUUAGUGUUUCAUAGCUUUGAUGUUGAUGAAAUCCAGUCACAAAUUUAGUGCAGGUGCAGAGUAAGGAAAACUGUUUUUUCCUUGAUCCUGUUGCACCUUUUUAAGAGCUGUUGAAUGCAUGUGGCAGAGAAUGCUUUUGCUUGUAUCAAUAUCAUUGGUUAACACAUUAACUGCUGAGUCAGUCUUCCAUCUCUGGGGCAAAACAGAACAAUUAAUUAGUUCCUUUUGCUUUAUUUUCAGAUUGUUUCAAAUGGUGUUUUAUUGUGAGACACCACUGCUGGUCAAAGUUGCAUUUUAUGCACAUAACCUCAUAGAUAUUGUUGAUCCCUGCAUUUAAAAUCUGUCAUUUAUUCUUUAAGAAAGCUUUUUAGAAAUUGGGCCAUUGUUAUAAAUAACUCUUAAAUUCCAUGGUUCUUAACACAAAUAAAAUCUGUCAUAACCUCAUCCAACCCAAAGUUAAUCAUGUUUUAUUGUGUACACAAAAAAAUUGAUCAUAAAAAUUUUUUAAAGUUAAACUCUCAAAAGUAAACUGUUAUUUGGUUACUUUUAUGUGAUGUAGCAGAUUUCAGGUAACUAUAUCAGUUUAUUUUUGUUAGUCAUAGUUUAAACAUUUUUAAAAAGUUAUUUUUCGUAUUUUUUUAAGACUUCAUCUAAAUUGGUGCAUUGUAAGUUAUCCUGUUUGUGCAUGGGCAUGUGCACACGCAUUUUCCUUGUUCAGUCUUUUUCUCAUUUGGGAUGAGGAAAAUUGAAAUGUUUUUGAUAGUUUGUGUGUGACUCUAUUUGUAAAUGUCAAGGUGAUGUUCCUUGAUUUUCAAGGAAACUUGGGCAGAAUUUCCUCAUGACUGGUUUCUGACACAAUUUUCUAGUUUGAAAAUGUGCCUGUAAACAAAUUUUUAUGACUUACUAUGAUCACUAGCAGUACUCAGUCCUAGGGAUUUAUCUUCACUGUGUGCAUAACACGUGUUCCUGUUGUAAAUAGAUCUGACAUUGUUGAAAAAGCCAGGAUUACCCUCAAGUCUGUGCCACUUUGUGUUUUAAAUCAACGUUACAAUAGAUGGUUAAAGUACAUAUGAUAGAAGAACAUUUUGUAUCACACUGAAACUGCAUUCUUUUUAUGUCUUGUAUAACAUAACAUGUGUCAUAGAAAAUUCUCUCCAUGGAAAAAACAAAGAUAUCUUAUAAGGAGUCUGUUUAUUUGAUUGCAUUUUUUGUCUCCUAAUGUCUAUUCUACAUAACUGAUUUCAUGUAACAUGGGCUUUAGUUGCCUGGUUAAGUAAAAUCACUUUUACUCCUUAUGUGCUUAUUGGGAAGUGAGGGAGGUCAGUAGAUAGGAGCACAAGCACUUAGAAGAGGGAUGUGUGCACUUUCAUUUUAAGUCUUGAUAGUGAUUGUUAACAGUAUUCAUUUCAACAAAGAGUUUGGCUGGAAUCAUUCAGUAUGUUUCUGCUGUACUUUAAGUGAGAUGAACAUUUUUCAACUGUAACAUUUAUACCAAAUACAUAUACAGCUGUGAGGAACACCAUAAAGUGGGUAUUUUGA